AUGUGGAAAUAUUGGAUUUAUUUUAAUUAUAAUCUCUUUCUUAAGCAGCAAAUUAUUCAUUUAUUUCUUUUUAUUAAAAUUCAUCUUAUUUUUAAUCUUUAAUUUAUUUAUUUAAAUUACUCUGAUUUAAAUUAGAAUUUUAACUAUUUUAAUCAUAUGUGUCUUCGUAUUAAGGCAUCUAUUAAAACAUUUAAUUUUAAGAUCCUUUUUAUGCUUUUUAUUAAAUUUAUGAGUCAUUUUGAUUGCUUAUCGGCCUCUGAUACUGAUUAACAUUUGAAAAUUAACUAUUUUAGCUUUAAACAUUCGGCUACUAAUACAAAUUUUAAAUAUUUUAAGGUUAUUAACCAUACUUAAUUUUAUUUCCAAUAUUUUAAUCCUUUAUUUAGUUUUAAUGUUCCUCGUUUACUCUAUUUGGUUAGCUUUACUAAACUUCAUUAUAAUUAUUAUAAAUAGGAUUUUGAUAGAUUUAAUUUUAAUUCUAGGGUAUUUAUUGAUUUUUCAUGUUAAUUUAGCUAUUAGACAAUUGAUCAGGAGUUGUUUAUCUAAAAUUUUAAAUACUUCUUUGUUAAUCAAAUUAAUUUUAUUAGGGUUCCUAAUAUGGAUUUUGAUUGA